AUGACAACAUCAACGAUGACACCAAAGGCCUCUGGCUCUGCUCAAAAGAGGAUGAAACAGUCUACUUUGUUGUCAUUCUUCUCAAGACAGCCACAAUCAUCACCGAUCUCGUCCAAAAAGGUAAAUAAAGGGAUUCCAGAGAGCUCCCCUACAUCAAUAACGAAGACUUCCAAAGCGGUCCCCGAGACACCUAGAGAAAAGAAGGCUGCAAAUAAGCUACUUUUCGUUGGCAUGGAUGAUGACAUGGAUAGUUCAGGUUUCGUAACAUGCAAUGAAUCCGCUACCAUGAUCGAUGAUUCGUCAAAGACAGUGAUAACGGGUAAAGAUGAGGAAAAGCAGGUAAGGGAAAAUACUGGCAAGGGAGAGUUUGGUGAUGAAGAAGAGGAAGACGAAAGUACCAGUUUCUCCUUUAGUGGCAGAACUAGAAAGAAGAUGAAUUACAUAGAAGACAGUGAUGAUGAGACUGAAACAAGCCAAAAGUCGCCAUCCAUAUCCGCCAAGAAAAGAAGAAUCCAGUCCUUCAGGACAGAUGAGGACGAUGAAGCGGAUUACGUUCCCGAUAAAAGAGAGCAAAGUGAUGAGGAAUUCAUGAUGGAUGCUACCAAUGAUGAGGAUGAUGAUGAUCUUCUACAAAUCGUCGAAAAGGCUUCUCAGAAAACCUCGAAAAGAACAGCAAGCUUUGGUGCACCUCAAAGUACCAAAAAAUCUAGCGCUCGUCGGUCGCCACUCUCUGUUUCACAUAAUAAGCCUAAGCACACAAAUUUCAAUAAGCAAAAUGAGGAGAGAUAUCAAUGGCUUGUCGAUUUGCGUGACAUCCAGAGAAGACCUGUUUCUGAUCCAGAGUAUGAUCCGCGUACCUUAUAUAUACCAUCUUCCGCUUGGAACAAGUUCACUCCUUUUGAGAAACAGUACUGGGAAAUAAAAUCAAAGAUGUGGGACAGUAUAGUAUUUUUCAAGAAGGGAAAAUUUUUUGAGCUUUACGAGAAAGAUGCUGCUUUGGCAAACGCUCUAUUUGAUUGGAAGAUUGCGGGCGGUGGUCGUGCUAAUAUGCAGUUGGCAGGUAUUCCAGAGAUGUCUUUUGAUUAUUGGGCUUCUCAAUUUAUUCAGUAUGGCUACAAAGUGGCCAAAGUUGAUCAACGCGAAUCAAUGCUGGCAAAAGAAAUGCGAGAAGGUUCUAAAGGUAUUGUCAAAAGAGAAUUGCAGUUCGUACUAACUUCAGGUACCCUCACAGAUGCCAACAUGCUUCAAUCUGAUCUGGCCACGUACUGUUUAGCAAUAAGGGAAGAGGCAGGAAAUUUUUAUGAUUUAGACAGCGAAAUUGCUACCAACAGGACGGAUAAAAUAUUUGGAAUCGCCUUCAUUGAUACAUCUACCGGUGAGGUGGAAAUGAUUGAAUUUGAGGAUGAUGGUGAAUGUACAAAACUUGAUACUAUUAUUUCGCAAAUAAAUCCUAAAGAACUAAUAAUGGAAAAAAAUAACCUGAGUAGCCUAGCGCACAAAAUCGUGAAAUUUAAUUCAGCUCCCCAGGCACUUUUUAAUUACAUCAAAGGGAAAGAAGAAUUUUAUGAUUACCAGAGAACUUAUGAUGAAUUAUGUUCCACAGACCCUAAAUACUUCGACUCAUUCGAAAAGUGGCCAGAAGUUCUAAAAUCCCAUUAUGACAAAGGGAGAAAAGUAGGCUUUAGUGCUUUCGGGGGACUAUUAUACUAUCUACGAUGGUUAAGACUCGAUCAAAGUCUUAUUUCUAUGGGUAAUAUAAAUGAGUACAAUCCCAUUAGAUCUCAAAAUUCCUUGGUUUUAGACGGUGUAACUUUGCAGAAUCUGGAAAUAUUUCAAAACUCCUUUGAUGGGACGGAUAAAGGAACAUUGUUCAAAUUAUUCAAUAAAGCAAUCACUCCAAUGGGAAAAAGGAUGAUGAAAAAAUGGUUAAUGCAUCCUCUUUUGAAAAAGGAUGAUAUAAAUCAGAGAUUAGAUACUGUAGAUUUUCUCUUAUCUAAUGAUGAGGUUCGCACAGAAUUAGAAUCUUAUCUCUCGAAAAUUCCAGACCUUGAGAGACUUCUUUCAAGGGUUCACUCUGGAAAUUUGAAAGUUAAGGAUUUCGAUAAGGUGCUCCAAGGAUUUGAAACAAUUGUAAAAUUGCUGAAUGAUAUGAAGGCAGUCGAACUCAAGGGUGCUCUGUCAAAGUAUGUCUCAGCAAUACCCGAUAGCCUUUUCCCAGAUGUUAAUAAUUGGUCUAACGCAUUUGAUCGUAAAAAAGCUUUACAUGACGGCGUUCUUGUUCCACACAAAGGGAUUGAACCAGAAUUCGAUGAAUCUCUUGACAGAAUCGCUAAUUUGGAGGAGGAAUUGAACAGCGUUUUGAGGAGCUACAGAAAGCAGUUCAAUACUUCCAAUAUUCAGUUUAAAGACUCUGGAAAAGAAAUAUAUACUAUAGAGGUUCCCGUUUCUGUUACCAAACUUAUCCCAUCCAACUGGAUGCAAAUGGCAGCAAACAAGGCCACAAAAAGGUAUUAUUCUGACGAGGUUCGCACUCUAGCAAGAUCAAUGGCUGAAGCACGUGAAACUCACAAAGUGCUAGAGGAGGAGCUUAAAGGUCGUUUAUGCAAAAAAUUUGAUGCUCAUUACAGUACAAGCUGGAUGCCAACAAUACAUUCUAUUGCUAAUAUGGAUUGCUUAUUGGCACUUGUCCGUACUUCGGAGUGCUUGGGUUACCCAUCAUGCAGACCAACGUUAGUUGACGAGUGCGAUGAUAAAACACAUACCAAGUUGAAUGGUUUCUUGAAAUUCAAAUCCCUUAGACAUCCGUGUUUCAAUCUAGGGACUACAUCAUCAAAAGAAUUCAUACCCAACGAUGUUGAACUUGGCAAGGAUGUGCCUCAAUUAGCUUUACUCACGGGUGCAAAUGCCGCUGGAAAGUCCACUGUUUUGAGAAUGACAUGCAUAGCUGUCAUUAUGGCACAAAUGGGUUGCUAUGUCCCUUGCGAAAUGGCGACACUAACACCGGUAGACAGAAUAAUGACUCGUUUAGGAGCUAAUGACAAUAUAAUGCAAGGUAAAUCUACGUUCUUUGUAGAACUUUCCGAAACCAAGAAAAUUCUGGAUCUUGCAACAAACAGGUCUUUGCUUGUUUUGGACGAGCUUGGAAGAGGCGGUUCUUCUAGUGAUGGCUUUGCAAUAGCUGAAGGUGUUUUACAUCACGUUGCUACUCACAUUCAAAGUUUAGGUUUUUUUGCAACACAUUACGCAACACUGGGGAACAGUUUUAUUGGUCAUCCUCAGGUAAAGCCAAUGAAAAUGAGUAUUCUGGUAGAAGAGCAAACAAGAAAUGUCACCUUUUUAUACAAGUUAUUAGAGGGCAGAAGUGAAGGGUCAUUUGGAAUGCAUGUUGCAUCAAUGUGUGGUAUUUCAAAACAGAUUGUAGACAUUGCACAGGAGGCAGCAGAUAAUUUCGAACAUACGGCCAUGUUAUCGAAGGAAAAACAAAAAGCUUUAGACAAGGAACGCGAUAUCACAGCAAUUAUGCCAUUGGGUUUGGAAAGUGACUUUGUAAGAAUGGUUUACGGGGAUGGACUGAAAAAUACAGCAUUAGGAACUGGUGAAGGUGUUCAAACAUAUGAUCAAAACAUUAAACAGAACGUCCUGGGUAGCUUAUUAAGCAUCGUUAAAGCUCUCGGUGAUUAA